GAGGGAAUGCCCCUUGCAGGAGAGGACUCCAAGACACGUCCGUCCACGGGGCGUGCAAGCCAGAAUUCUAAAAUAAACAAAACGUCUGAGAGAAAGAGUGCGAAAAGGAAGCCGACGGGUGGUAGUGUUUUCCGUCGCCGGUGCGGAUAACCUUGGGAUCGUCGCUUCGCAAGCCGGGCGGUCGACGCCGUAUUCGUCACUCGGCUGCCUUCGACGUCUCCACGCAGGUCUUCGCUUUCAGCCCGUCUAUUUGUGGGAGUGUCCGUCAUGGCUGCCGCCUCGUUGACCCAACUCUUGGCCCUUACCCUGGUGGCCUUCGUCUGCAACUUGGCCUCCGGACAGCAGCUGGAAGGUCCCUCGUCAUGUAACUCCAGGACUGAGGUCUGGAACCCCAAGUGCAAUGCCCACUGCGAACCCACGUGCACCGAGGGUGACCUGGUGCCGUGCAGUCGUGCCGGAGGAUCCGGAGCCGCACAGGGGAGUUUCAGCCAACGCAUCUGCCGACCCAAGUGCAACUGCAAGCCAGGCCUGAUCCGUGCCACGAGGGACGGCCCUUGCGUGCCCCGAGACCAGUGUGCACCCGUGGGCGGUCAGGGUGACCAGUGCAAGCGCAACGAGGAGUUCCGAAGCUGCGGCAGUGCCUGUCCCGCCGUGUGCGGCCAGCAGGCACCCGAAGCGUGUACGGCACAGUGCGUGCCCGGAUGCUUCUGUGUGAGGGGAUACAUCCGCGACAAGAACGGCCUCUGCAUCCCCACCUCCGCCUGCAGAGGGGGCCGCGGGGGCAAGCCCGGCCGGCAGCGUAACAUCAUCAGCAACCAGCACCCUCCCACCCACUUCUUCUGAAUGAAUCGCAGGAGGCACGAUGGAAGCGGCCUCUCUACGCAGACGUCCGCGCAUUGUCCAUCGAGCUUGUUCGGGUAGCACGCCGGGUCCAGGAUAAUGUGAAGAUUUUAUACUAGUUCCGUUUGUUUUGAAGGCAGUGGGCCGCGACGGAAUCUGCUCGAGGCGGAUGUGAGUGACAGAUGGUAAACAUGGAAAAUAACUAAGUGAAAAGAAUUUUCACGUUAUUAACGACCCAGGUGUCGACUUCUUGCGAUGACUUUCUGAGCAGCGAUCCAUCCCAUUACUGCGGAUCCCUAUCAAAGGGAGAUGGAGGGGGGAGGGGAGGCUUGCACCAUACGAUUCAGUUGUUCAGACACGGGAGGGAGUAAAAAGAGCGAAGGACAUGGAAAAAGCAUGAGGAUCAACUAAAGUUAAUUCUGGUUUUUCACUCGGUGCGUCAGGUCGGCUACCCCAGCCCGAACGACUACUCCGGUGGGACGCCUUUGAACACUGCCAUGCACAGAGUACAUUCGUGCGUUGAAACUUAUCUAGGUAGGCGCUCUUUAGCGCUAUCAUUAUCUAGCAUAUGGCUCAUCCAACGCGAUUGUUACUGAGACAGCUUGCGGCACUUACCACUGCAAAGGCACCAUGUCUUAGAGACGGACACUGAACUACAAGGUUCGAUGAACAGUGCGUGCAAGCCAACUUGUCGUUUCAGCUGUGUUAUACAUCUACCAUGCAACCGCCAUUCUCCUUUCUGAUAUAUGUAUUCGUAAUAAAGUUCAAGGGCAACUGCUCUCUUAAGCGCGUA